AUGGACAGCAGCCCAGACUCUGACUUUGACUCUGACUCUGACUCUGACUCUGACCAGGAGAAACAGCUCAUAAUGGAUGAUAAUCGUUUAUUUCGCGAGCGCCACAACGUAAUUUAUUUGUUCUUGUUUUUAAUUGUUAUUUUUCUUUUGCUGCAGUUCCUCAUCUGCUUGGCUCUCUGCGUGGCUGUGGCUCAGGCUGGUUUCUUGGCCAGCUCACCUGUUGCUGCCACAUAUUCCGCCGCUCCAGUUGCCACCUAUGCUGCUGCUGCUCCAUUUAGGACCUACUCCACUGGCUUUGCUCCUUUUGCAUCCGCCUACUCUGCUGCUGUGCCUUAUGCUGCUUAUACGAGGACUGCUCCCUUCAGAACUUAUGCUGCUCCUGUUGCCACCUACUCGGCUGCUGCUGCUCCAGCUGUCUACUCGACUUACUCAGCUCCAGCUGUGGCCACUUAUGCUGCUCCCGUCUCCACCUAUGCGGCUCCAGCCAUCGUCAGCCCCUUCUUGAAGAAGAAGUAAACGAUAAAUGUCUAAAAUAUUG